AUGUCACAGAUAUCAAUACGAACAAUCGAAUCAAUACUAAAUCAGUACAAUCAAGAACUAGAAUCAUUGGACAUCCCAGAUUUACUCACUUUCCGACUGCUGCAAUCAUCAUCAACGGCAACACAACCAAUAACAAGAUCCCCAUAUGUCAACCAAUUCAAACUCCAACAAAUCAAACAAAGUCUAUCUAAUCUAGAUACAGAAUUAGAUAAACAUAAACAUAAUAAAUCAUAUCAUGAAUUGCGCAAUCAGUUGAAUGAAUUGUAUAUAAAUAUCUUAGAUGAGAAAAUCUACGUGAAUUCAAAAUUAAUCAACGAAUUUGAAUUACAAAACGCUCCAAUAUCAGCAUCUACCAGUAGUAAUGAUUCCAGGAAUACUCCAGAAACAGAAUCAAAACAAGCAGGAGAAGAAGGAAUUGAAACCAAGGAAGAAGAUUUACAAUCCUUACGUAAACGAUUAUUAUCAGGUGGUAAGACAUCAUCAUUAUUAGAUGCUGAAAAAGAUUUAUCAAAAGUAAAUGAAUAUCAUGAAUCUAUUCAAGAAGAUAUAAUGAACGAAUUAAGUGAAUUAACAUCAACAUUAAAAACAAGUGCUGUUAAAUUUAGUUCUAAAAUCUUAGGUGAAGAUUUAUCAUUAUUAAAUGAAACAAAUGAUAAUAUUAUUAAGAAUACAAGUUUAUUUAAAGUAAUUGAUCGAAAUUUAAAUCAUUAUCUUGAAAAUAAAACUGGUGGGAAAAUUGGGGUUUUAUUUUUAAUUAAAGUUUCAAUUGGUUUGGCAAUUGUAUUCUUCUUUAUGAUGAUAUUUAUUAAAGUAAUUCCAAGGUUUUAA